GGCCGGAGGAGCCGAGGACGUCUAAAGACGUCCUCCCGGCAAUUGAGAGCCACCUUGUGGCCGUCAUUUGUUAAUAGGCAGGAUGCCAGGUGGUUAAAGAACAGUUUGGUGUGGAGGAAGUGGGAACUGCAAAGAGCCCUAAUCUCAACCCUAUUGAAAACAUUUGGGAUCGAUUGUAAUGCUAAUUGUGAGCCAGGUAUUUUCAUUAAAAAUCAUUACCUGAUCUUACAAAUGCUCCUUUGGUUGAACGGGCACACAUUUCUACUUGCGCAUGCACACAUACACACACACAAUCUUGUUGAAAGCCUUCCCAGAAGAUCGGAGGCAAUUAUAACCACAAAGAGGGCCAACUCCAUAUAAAUAUUCGUGGUUUUCAACAAGCUUAGAAUAGAAUGUAUUUAACUUGCUUUGACUUAGCCAUGCAAAAUUUGAAUAAAACAGACACAGUAGAUAUUGUGUGCCAAGAUAUCAUUAAGUGUGGAUUUUUCAAUCUUACAUAAAAGAGACAUAAACAGGACAGGAUAUGAAGGUCUUAGAUUUCUAUCUAUGUGUGUGAAUUUCUAAGUAGAGAAAGGGAGGGGUCUUGAGCAGUAUUCUACAUGCAGGUUUGUGGUCCAUGACCUAACCACCUAUAUACAGAUUUUUUUUUUAUGUAUCUUGUUUCUUAAGAACAAGUAUGAAGCCGGUGCUGACACUUCUGUUUUUUAAAGUGGCCAUUGCCCAGGUUGUUCUUUAUCAGCCGCAAAACACAGUGUCAGUGGGGAUCGGUGCUACUGCAGUUAUCCUCUGUACAUCCAGCGACUCCUUAGAUGAAGGAACUGGCAUCACCUGGCAUGUACGGAGAAGAACCGAUAAAGCUCAUCUACGGGUUAAAUCCUGUUUAGCCGACAAUGACCAGCAUAAAUAUAUAUGUAAAUCAGAAAACCACCAGGCAAGACUGGAAAUAUACAAUGUGAGUCUGGAGGAUUCUGGAGUGUAUUACUGUAUGUUCAGCUAUACAGCUGUGCUGAGAGUACUUGGCAAUGGGACAACUCUUAUAGUUGAAGAUACCUCUGCUAUUCACAGCAUCCAUCUUUUGGCUUCUGCAAUGGCUUCUGAUCACAAGGUUCCUACUCAGCUUGUUUGCAUAGUAAGUGGAGCUCUUCAUACAGUCCAUGUGACCUGGAACAUCUCAGGAAGGCAUCUCAAAGGGAAGCUGACUUCUGUGGAGGAACUUGGUGGCAUAUGGACUACUCAGAAUCUCCUUUCACUUCCCCAAAACACUUGGAACUAUGGAGAUCAUGCAACUUGUGAAGUCUGGUUCAGUUUUUCUCCUAUCCAGACCCACUGGAGUGUACAAAAAAAAGGUCAUGUUUGCAUUACUGAGUACCCUUCCUAUGUGAGAUAUGUCCUGAUUCUGAUGGCUCUGCUGAUGUUCAUUUUCACCGUACAUCUAUCUUGGACCUACAAGUGAUCAGGCUGACAAGCUAUGAAAUCUUGCAGUUCGGUUUGGCAUUCACUGUUGCUAUGAUGGCGGCGCAUAUAUUGGACUGACGUGUGAUGUCUUAGCCAUGCCCCGCUGUGUCUGCAUAUGAUGUCACCUACGAAAGUGUUAGAGAUUGAUGUCGGCUUUACAUGAUGUAUUUUUAACAUUUAUAUGUGGGUAGUUUGUGUACAAACACAAAAAUAAAUUUAUAUUGCUAAGCGG